AUGGAAAUUGCUUUUGACGAAGAGGGAAAUAACACAAAUGGAAAGAUCAAUAAAAGCCCAUCUAACUGCGCUGCCCUUUCGGGGGUAUCCUCCGAGUCGAUUUUUGGUGCAAGGAAAAGUAGCGACGAUGGCGAUAUGGAAUAUGGCCCCCCCGUGGAGGGUUCUCCUCACGAUGCCACUAGCGAAGGUGUAAGCUUCUACGAUGCGAAAAGUGUAAAUGGGGAAAAAGGACAUUCAGAGGGGAAAUUCAACAGUGAGGAAGAGUACGCGGAGGAUCAGCUAAAAGGGAAUAUUAAUGAAGGGGGAUUGCUACAUUCCGACGAAAUGUACAAUUCCUACACGGAUGACGAAUUGGAAAAGUUUUUUGAGGAUGAAGAAAAUGAAUUAGACGGAAUGAAGAACAAAUCUGCGUAUUCAAUGAAGGGGGAUCGAGUAGGAGUAGACAAUUCUGCUUCGAUAAGAGGUGGGUCAUGGCAGCCAAGAAAAGGCGAUAACCAUCUCGUCAAUAAAAGCGAUAGCAAUUUUUUAAGUGAAGAAGAAUACGAAAAUUUUUGCAGCAACGAGGAUAUUCCCCCGUCGGUACAUGGUGAAGGGGGUGAAAUAAAACCAUCUGAUGAACAUAAAGAGGAAGGGUCAGACAGCUCCUCUCACAAUAACAGCAUUAUCAAUAAAAGUUAUGAGGGGCAUUUUACGUUGGGGACUAAGAAGCUGACGUUAAAUAUGGACGUGACGGACCCCAAAUAUUUGGGAAACGGACCGAAUGAUGAUUUGUCCUUUAUGAGCAACUCAUCGCACAGUGCUGCGAGGUUGAAUUUGGUAGAGGAGGAGAAAAAGGGGGAGUCAAGUCGGAGUAACUCUGUGGGGGGAAAUAUAAACAACGAGAAGGGAAGCAAUAUUGGCGAUGUUGGGGAGGGUGAAGGUAGUCCACAAAAGGAUGAUAUGAUCAGCACGAAUGGAGGUAAGGUGAAGGAAGAGGGGCCCAAUUUGUUUGAUGCAAAAAAGGAAGAUGAAGAAAAGGACCAAGUGGAAAGUGAAAAGUUGAAGAAGAUGGACAGUUUACCCUAUUUUGAAAAAAAAGAGUCUCAGGAGAGUGCAAAUAAUUCGAAAUUUUUAUUUAAGAAAAAAAAACUUCAUGAAGAUCAAAGCACCCCCUUGUGGUAUAAGCAUAAGAGGCACUUUUUUAUUUUCACCUAUUCAGGGAAACCAGUCUUUACAAGAUAUGGUAAUGAAGAAAAUUUGACAAGUUUUUAUGGGACUCUGUUAGCAAUUAUAUCAAAAAUUGAGUCGUUUUCUUUUUCAGAUUUUAGUAAAGAUACAAAGACAAAUAAAAAAUGCACAGGAAUGUACACAAAGAAUUCUUUAAAAUAUAUUAUGAGUAAAAAUACCAAGGUGGUUUAUUUGGACAAGGAAGUUUUAUGUCUAGUGUGCAUUUCUAAGGCUAAUGAAAGUACCAACUACAUUUUGCAGAUUUUAAAUUAUAUGUAUUUUCAAAUAAUAUCUUUAUUAACCAAAAGUAUUGAAAAAUCUUUUCAAAUAAAACCGUCAUUUGAUAUAAGGUAUUUGUUGGACGGCUGUGAUGUCCUCAUGUGCAAUUUAAUAUCUUCGUGCUCUAGAAAUAUGUAUUCCAUUUUUGAUGGUUUUGAGCCGCUCCCAUUAAAACAGGAUUAUCGGAACAAAAUUCACAAUUUGAUUUCUUCCUUCAAAAUUAACAACGUCCUGUUGUCCUUCUUAAUUGUGCACGAUAAAAUUAUAGGCAUAUCUGUAUCGAAGUAUGCUAUCCACUCGAUGGACGUGAUAAUCCUCAUCAAUAUGAUAACGUCCAUGAAGUCCUUUAAGAAUGCCGAAUCGUGGACGCCCAUUUGUUUGCCUAUUUAUAACCCAAGCCUUUUCCUGUAUGCCUACAUCAACUACAUUAGGAAAAAGAUCUGCUGCGUUUACAUCUGCUCGCAUGCGUCACCCCGAGACUUUUUCCACCUCUCCAGACACACCUCCAUGAUUGAAACGAUGCUAAUCAGCAGCGGCUGCUACGACGAAAUCGUGAAAGCGUCAGAAAAUUCCCCAUUCGCUCUCCCAGAAAUUCCAGGCAUCAACAUCAUUCACGUGUGCUACUACAUCCCAUACCUGAAGCAGUAUUAUAGCUCCAAAAUUAAUUUCGAUAAGGUGAAAAGAAUUUUCAGAGUGUACCAAAAGUGCGAUGACAUAUUAAGAGAUUCCAAAUUACCUGCCCAAAUAUACCUGGAAGCGGAGUAUGAAAAAUUCUACUGCAUCAAAACGAAUCUCUAUCACUUAUAUUUGUCCGUCCCGUUUCAUGUGGAGGUGAACGAUGACAAUAUCAAUGAAAUUUUAAAAGUUAUAGCGGCUCACCAUAAGGAAAUAUUUAUUAACAACAUAAAGCAGAUUACUUCGUAA